AGCACAAUGAUUAGCUACUAAGCCCAGCCCACAAAGGAGCAAUCUGUUUGAAAGACUGAUCGAUGAAACCCAAAGAGAUAGUUCUCGCAAUGCUGGCAAGGAGACAAUAAAACUGCAAAACUACCUCAUCAUGGUCAAGAAAGUGAGUGGCUCAACUGAAGGCCCAAGAUGCCAGAGCAGAGCAACGACUACCGUGUGGUGGUGUUUGGAGCUGGGGGUGUGGGGAAGAGUUCGCUGGUGCUUCGUUUUGUGAAAGGCACUUUCCGAGACACAUACAUUCCAACAGUGGAGGACACCUACCGGCAGGUGAUUAGCUGUGACAAGAGUGUCUGCACCCUGCAGAUCACAGACACGACUGGUAGCCACCAGUUUCCCGCCAUGCAGCGUUUGUCCAUCUCCAAGGGCCACGCCUUCAUCCUGGUCUACUCUAUCACUAGUAAGCAGUCCCUGGAAGAAUUAAAACCCAUAUACCAGCAGAUUCUCGCUAUCAAGGGCAACAUGGAGAACAUCCCCAUCAUGCUGGUGGGGAACAAGAGUGAUGAGACUCAACGGGAGGUGAAGAACGAUGACGGAGAAGCCCAAGCCAAAACUUGGAAAUGUGCUUUCAUGGAGACCUCGGCUAAGACAAACCAUAAUGUCACUGAGCUCUUUCAGGAGCUUCUCAAUCUGGAGAAAAAGAGAAAUAUGAGCUUGAACAUCGAUGGCAAGCGUUCUGGGAAGCAAAGUAGGGCUGAUAAGCUAAAGGGUAAAUGCAGUGUCAUGUAGACUGCUUGCUAGAGGGAGAAAGGGAAGACCGUGAGAUAAAGUGGAGAUGGAUUGAUAACAUAACAAAGGAACAGAGAGAAGAAUGGAGAGCAAAUGAAUGGAAAUGUGUUAUUUGACGUUUCAUACACAUUCCUGGAAUAAGCAUUUCUCUGACACCUCAGAUUUCAUCCUUCACCAUUAGUAUUGUCCUUAACAAGCACUGGCCCAUUCAUGUUGCCUUUUCUGUUUCUAGUACAGUGCAUCGCCACCAUCUUUUGCUAUGUUUAUAUUCUACAUCAAGAGAUUGCUGGAAAAUGCUCUGUUUUAGAAAGCAAUCGGUUGCUCAGUGCAACAGCCAUUUUAGAAGCCCUUUCGAGUUCAUAAUGCUAACAUUUUAGUACCAUUUUAAAUGAGAGUCGGAAGAGUCAGGCUUCAAAUUGCCAAUGUGCUGGCCAACACUGAAUCUCCAUGCGCAGAACUCUAUAGAAAGCUCUGAAAAGUUAUUGCAUUUUUAUAAAUGAAAUAUUUUGAAGUAUAAUUUGAUUAUGCUUUCAGCUACUAUACCUCAAAGUAUAGUACUCUCAGAUCCAGUUAAUACAUUUUAAAAUGUUUAAAUCUAUUCUGCAUUACACAUUCGGCAAAAAUCAGUCAGCAGAUUCCGUCUGGGCCUGCCGAUGAAGUCCCAAACAUAUGACUCAUGAUUUGCAUAUGUAGUAACAAAAAUUAGUCUGUAUCUGUGAAUGAAAGGCAUUUGAAUACACAUUUAUUUGUUUUUCAUAACCUUUGUUUUGUACAUUUGUUAAAAGGCUUUUGUGUGAGCUGAACCACCAUUUUUGUGACUCAUGGCAUAUUUGCUGAUAAACACCUGAUUUUCCAUCAUGGUGAGGAAAUAGUGUCAAUUUGAAAUGUUAUAACAAUAUGGGAAGUUAUAAAGGUAGACAAAUCACCCUUUAAUUAUUUGUUUCAGGUUUUGUAUAAACCAACGUUUGAUUGUUACCCUGAUGAUUACAUGUUGUCUUUACUAAUAUCUUAAAUAAUGCCAGCCAAUAUUUAAGACAAUCGUUUGUUAAACAUAAACAAAUUGAUAGGGAAAUAGGUUACUUUAUUAUGCUUGACAAAAUGAUUACCUUAGCGAUUAACUUGAUUUAUUGUACUGACAACAAGGCAGUCCUCAAAAAAUACAGACACUUCAUAGUCCACGCAGUCGUCUGUAAACUAACAAGCACUCAGUCGUCAUCAUUGUCACAUCUGGCAUUCAGCCCCUCCAAAUUGAGACACUAAUGGCCUCCUUUAUACCAUAAUUUGGAGUGGGUCUCAUAUUCUCUCUUCAUUUUCUCAUUUUUCUCAAGAUGAUCUGCUUAUUUUGAAAAUAUGAAUAAGACAAUAGCAAUGUGUCACUCACAAAGUCAACAGGAAAUGAAUGCAAAUGCAUUUGAAAUGAAUGCAUUUGCAGGAGUUGUCUCUUGGUAAAAAUAUAUUAAGAGAAAAGUGGGACUUUCCAUAUGCAACACAAACAAGUCUUCUCAAACUGUAACUUUAUAACACAGAAAAUUUGAUAUGGCAACCUGAAGACAGACAUUUCAUAUUCAAACAUUUCAACUGUUUUCCAGAUUUAGCCAUUUUCAUUUACAAAUUGAAAAUCACUUUAAAGAAUCAGACUUAACAGUUGCUGGAAUCUUGCUGAAUUUUGACCUAAAGAGCCCAUUUAAUAUGUUUUCAGGUUGUGCAACUUAGCACCAAGUAAAGGCAGACAGUAUUGUGUUAUCCAUGUUGGGCUGUUUUGCUUAUAAAAUACAUAUGGUAUAUAUACAUUUGUUUUUAAAAGGAACAGGGUACAGAAGAUGCGAGUUGAAGAAAGGAGACUUUACACAACAGCACCUACAGUACAUCUCAGAAAGGUUUAGUUCACCCCAAAUGUUUUAUUAUUUCAUCAUUUACUCACCCUAAUGCCAUCCCAGAUGUGUAUGACUUUCUUUCUUCUGCUGAACACAAACAAAGAUU